AUGGACAAAGUGGUUAUCAGUCUCCUGCUCCUGGGAACCUCAGUAAUGAUGGCCCAUUCAUGUCCCAAGUACUGCGUCUGCCAGAACCUCUCUGAGUCCCUGGGCACACUGUGUCCGUCCAAAGGCCUGCUCUUUGUGCCGCUGGACAUCGACCGGCACACCGUGGAGCUGCGGCUGGGCGGGAACUUCAUCCUCAAGGUCAGCGCGCAGGACUUUGCCAACAUGACCGGUCUGGUGGACCUGACGCUGUCCCGGAACACCAUCAGCUCCAUCCAGCCCUUCUCCUUCAUCGACCUGGAGACCCUGAGGUCGCUGCACCUGGACAGCAACAGGCUGACAGAGCUGGGGCCCGACGACCUCCGGGGCCUGGUCAACCUGCAGCACCUGAUCCUCAACAACAACCAGCUGAACCGCAUCUCCAACGUGGCCUUCGAGGACCUGAUGCUGACCCUGGAGGACCUGGACCUGUCCUACAACAACCUGCGCAGCGUGCCUUGGGAAACCAUCCGCAAGAUGGUCAACCUGCACCAGAUGAGUCUGGACCAUAACCUCAUUAACUACAUCUCCGAGGGGACCUUUACCGAUCUGGAUAAGUUAGCCCGCUUGGACCUCACCUCCAACCGUCUGCAGAAGCUCCCCCCGGACCCCAUAUUCGGCCGUUCCCAGAGUAGCGUGGUGCUGACCACCCCAUACGCCCCGCAGCUGUCCCUGAGCUUCGGGGGCAAUCCGCUGCACUGCAACUGUGAGGUGCUGUGGCUGCGCCGGCUGGACCGCGAGGACGACAUGGAGACGUGCGCUUCCCCCGCCGCCCUGAAGGGGCGCUACUUCUGGUCCGUUCGGGAAGAGGAGUUUGUCUGCGAGCCCCCGUUGAUCACACAGCACACGCACAAGCUACUGGUGCUGGAGGGCCAGACGGCGAGCCUGCGCUGCAAGGCCGUCGGCGAUCCGAUGCCAGCGGUGCACUGGGUGGCGCCCGACGACCGCCUGAUCAGCAACUCGUCACGCGCCACCGUGUAUGAGAACGGCACCCUGGACAUCACCAUCACCACGGCCAAGGACUACGGCACGUUCACCUGCAUCGCCGCCAACGCCGCCGGCGAGUCCACGGCCUCCAUCGAGCUCUCCAUCAUACAACUGCCCCACCUGAACAACAGCUCGAACCGCACCGCGCAGCCUAAGUCCGGCCUCUCCGACAUCACCAGCUCCACCAAGAUCAGUAAGGGCGAGCCCAAGCCCCCCCCUGAGAAAACGGUGUCGGUGUCCGAGGUGACAUCGGUCUCUGCUCUGAUCAAAUGGAUCGUGAGCAAAUCAACCCCGAAGGUCAAAAUGUUCCAGCUCCAGUACAACUGCUCUGAGGAUGAAGUGCUCAUUUACAGGAUGAUCCCCAUGGCCAACAAGGCGUUCUUGGUGAGCAACCUGGUGUCGGGGAUGCAGUACGACCUGUGCGUGCUGGCCAUCUGGGAGGACGCGGCCACCACGCUCACUGCCACCAACAUCGUGGGCUGUGUGCAGUUCGCCACCACCGACGACUACCCCCAGUGCCAGUCCCUCCACAGCGGCUUCCUGGGCGGGACCAUGAUCCUGGUGAUUGGCGGCGUCAUCGUGGCCACCCUCCUGGUGUUCAUCGUCAUCCUCAUGGUGCGCUACAAAGCCACCGGCGGCGGCGGCGGCGGCGGCGGCCCGACCGGCAAGCUGCCCAGCGUCAGCAACACGUACUCGCAGACCAACGGCGGCCUGAGCCGGCUGAACGGCGCCCAGCCGCUGGCCAAGCCCACCGUGGUGGUGCUGCACGAGGAGAUGGUGGAGUUCAAGUGCGGCUCCCUCCAGAGCAGCCUGUCGUCCUCGUCCGACUCGUCCAACUCCCUGGACAGAGGGCCCGCCGACCGGUACAGCCUCCAGGCCAGCGAGUGCAGCACCCUGCCCAGCAGCAAGUUCAGGAGGCACGGCGCCGGCCCCAAAGGACGGCCCCACCUGGACCACCUCCUGGGGGCCUUCGCCUCGCUGGAGCUGCGGAGCGUCACGGUGAAGGAGCACCAGCAGGCGGCCGGCUGCUCCGUCACCACCACCGGCGUGAUGACGGUGGCGGUGGUGCCGCCCUCCGACAAAGAGCCCCUGCUGGGGAGGGCCGAGUCCACCACCAUGCUGGGCCGACUGCUGGGGCUGCCCCAGGAGAGCAGGCCCAAGAGGAGCCACUCGUUCGACUUGGGCCACCCGGGCGCCGCGCAGUGCGUCAGUAGCUACCCGCGCCGGAUCAGCAACAUCUGGACUAAGCGCAGCGUGUCCGUCAACGGCAUGCUGCUCCAGUACGAUGACACUGAGGAGGAGAGGCCCUCUUUGGAGAGCUCCGAGUGGGUGAUGGAAAGUACAGUGUGA